AUGGCUUACAAUCCUCCUGUCUUUAUCAACGGCCCUCUGGCCCCUGAUCUCAUCGGCAUUGCCAUCACUCAGCUGCAGUACCGUACCAACGAGCUCACAAUCGAUCCUUUCCGCCAGGUCCAGCGUCAGAGACACAAUGCGCGACUCACCCCCAAUGUCCUCAACUGUCCCACGACCUCUCAGCAGGUUCUCAAGCAGCAUCGUCGCGAGAACUGCCAGCUGAACUCAAUGGCUGCCAAGCUCCGCGUCUACAACAACUUGAUGGCACCCAGCGAGCCCAUCACUUCGGAGCAGAAGAGAAAGUGCCUUCUCUUCCGCUCAUCUGGAUGGGACUACAACCGCAUUGCCAUCCAUCUCAAGUUCACCCCCCGCGAGGCGCAGUACGCAAUGCUGAUCACCGAGGCUUCCUCCGUACCCAAGGGUACUACCGCCAGAGGCCAACUCCCCGUCCUUAACCAGCCCCAACUCCUCAUUGUCCUUGCCUACACCCUUUCUUCCAGAGACACUCGCCGCAUGGACUUCAACAAGCUUGCUUCAUCUCUCGGAUGGAAGUGCAAGCCUGCCGUCAUCGGAAAUGCGCUGCGCGAAGUCGGGUACGAGCGUUAUCCCGCCCUCAUUCGACCCACCAUCAUCGAAGAAUUCCGCCAGGCUCGAUUCGACUGGGCCCAGGAGCACGUCGACUGGACUGUCGAGCAGUGGAAGGCCGUCGUUUGGUCUGGUGAGACUCGCAUCAUGACUGGACCUCACGCUCGCAUCCAUGUCACCCGCACCAUCCUCGAAGAACGCGACCCUGCCUGCAUCAUUGACGACGAUGCUCACCUCCAGAACGGCAACACCUUCUGGGCCAGCUUCUCCGGCCUCAAGGGCAAGAGCACCAGCGUCUUUUGGGACCCAAGCUGGGGCACCAUUGACGCCGAGAACCACUCCGAACGGGUUCUCCCAAGCAUGAGCUACUGGCUCCAGCAGCAGCCAGACAAUGCCAAGUACUGCAUGGAACACCGCACCAUUGCUCACUCCGACGCCGCCAUCCGCGCCGAACUCCAGAACAAGAACAUCGAGGUUCUCCAGCUGCCUCCCGCCUCUCCCGACCUCGACCUCAUGGCCGUCGCCUUUGACAUGAUGAAGACGAAGAUCGAACAAGACCGCCAGGUUCCCCACCUCCGAAACCGCAGCGAAGUCGUUGAGGCCAUCGAGACCUGGAACGGGAUGGAAGACGCCCACCUGAUGGCUCUGAUUGAGAGCAUGCCUGCUCGAUGCCAGGCCGUGAUCGAUGCCGACGGCAUGUACACCCCUUACAUCUAG